AUGUCGAAUAUCGAGGGCCCUCAAGCGAAAACUGCGGAAGAACGUGAAGCUCGCGAUAAAGAAGAAAGGCUCCGUGAACAACAAGAGCAGGCUGCGCUUCCUUAUUCUUGGACUCAGGAGUUAGGCGAUGUGGACAUCAUCGUCCCUGUCCCGCAGGGAACACGGGCAAGAGACCUUACUGUAGUUCUUCAGAAGAAGAAGCUCAGCAUCGGUCUGAAAGGUCACGAACCGAUCAUGGGCGGCGACCUUUGUAAAGAGAUCAAGGUCGAGGAUAGCACUUGGACUGUUCAGGACAACAAAAAUGUUCUAAUUCACCUGGAGAAGCUAAAUGACCAGACAUGGUGGGAGAACGUUCUAACGCACCACCCCAAGAUCAACACACAGAAGAUCGAACCUAUGAACAGCAAAUUGAGCGAUCUUGACGGGGAGACUCGUGGAAUGGUCGAAAAGAUGAUGUUCGAUAAUCAGCAGAAACAGAUGGGCAGACCGACAUCCGACGAACUGAAGAAGAUGGAGGCUCUCAAGAAGUUCCAAGCAGCACAUCCAGAGCUCGACUUCUCCAAUGCCAAGAUAUCGUAG